UUUACAUCUAUUCCAGUAUACUUUUUUAUUUUCUUGUCAUCUUCCCAGUUAUUUCCCUUAAUUUCUUUUAUCAAGAACCAACAAUUGGUAUCAAGAACCAUCUUCUUAAGGGACCUAAGUAAAAUCUUUUCUUGAGUGAGAUGGAGACUGAAAUGAGCUUUUCUCAAUUGGCUCCUCCAGUCUUUGAUAGUGAAAAUUACCAACUGUGGGCAGUGAGAAUGGAGACUAACUUGGAGGCUUUAGAUCUUUGGGAGGCCGUGGAAGAGGAUUAUGAUGUUCUUCCGCUGCCUAACAAUCCCACCAUGGCCCGGAUCAAGAGUCACAAGGAAAAGAAAACCAAGAAAUCAAAGGCAAAAGCAACUUUGUUUGCUGGUGUGUCUGCAACAAUUUUUACGAGAGUUAUGGCUCUCAAAUCAGCAAAAGAAAUAUGGGAUUAUCUGAAGGGAGAAUAUACAGGAGAUGAAAGAAUACGAGGCAUGAAGGUGUUGAAUUUAAUAAGGGAAUUCGAGUUGCAAAAAAUGAAGGAAUCUGAGACUGUCAAAGAAUACUCAGAUCGGUUGCUUGGCAUUGUUAACAAGGCACAAGAGCAAAGGAUGCUUAUGAGGCAAGAUGGUAUGGUUGAAGGAGCCCUGGCAGCCAACCACAAAACUCAAAGCAAGGGUAAUAAUGUUAAAAAAAAUUACCCGCCUUGUCAGCACUGUGGCAAAAAAGGUCAUCCACCAUUCAAAUGUUGGAAGAGGCCAGAUGCAAAGUGCAAAAUUUGCAACCAACUUGGUCAUGAAGCUGUAAUUUGCAAAGGCAAAUAUCAAAAGCAUGAAGCAGAUGCCCAAGUCGCCAAUGAAGAAGAAGAUCACUUGUUUGUGGCAACUAUUCUUUCAACCAAAAAAUCUGAUUUUUGGUUAAUUGACAGUGGUUGUACAAACCACAUGACAUAUGACAGAAAUCUUUUCAAAGAGUUCACGUCUAUAGGAAAUAAGAAAGUCAGAAUUGAAAAUAGUGAUUAUAUUCUUGCUAAAAGAAAAGGAACUGUUGCAAUCCCAACAAAUUCAGGUACUAAGAAAAUUUCAGAUGUUCUUUAUGUUCCUGAUAUUGAUCAAAAUUUAUUAAGUGUUGGACAGCUAAUAGAAAAAGGAUUUAAAGUAUCCUUUGAAGAUAAAUAUUAUUUCAUUUAUGAUGCAACUGGACUUGAGAUUUUAAGGGUUAAAAUGAGAGGUAAAAACUUCUCAUUUGAUCCAACCGAAGAUGAAGAAUGGAGGCCAAAGAAUCUACAAAGUGCAGAUAAUCCUCCAAAAGAGGACAUAUGUGAAAAUGAGACAAAGAAGUUGUCAAUAUUUCAGAAAAACAAAAUUUGGAAGAAAGUUGACAAGCCUCAAGGCAAAAUGCAAAUGUGGAAGAAAGUUGACAAGCCUCAAGUCAAAAUGAAGCCGAAAAAAGAGCCAACUUAUUUCAUUGACAAUCAUGAGAUGCAGCAAAAUAGAAAAUUGAACUCAAUUUACUGCAAGUCCAAAGAUCAGUUGGCAGAUUUACGUACAAAGUCGCUUCAAGUUAAAGGUUUACAAGGCAUAAAUUCAGAAUUUGCAGCUUCAAAAGCAAGGAGGAGUGUUAGAAAUAUGCUUUAGAAGCUGAAAAUAGUAAAAUUAUGUUACUGUUUCAGCUAUUUACUGCAGUAAUUUAGUUUGAAUUUGAAAUAAUUUUGAACUAGUCUUUAGGAGUGAACUAGUCUCUAGGAGUUAGUUAUUUUCAGCAUAUUUUAUGCUGAUUUUUAGGUCUUUUAAGUCCAAAUGCAGUAAAAUAACAUAGUAUUUCAGCUUCAGUUCCUUUUACAUCUAUUCUAGUAUACUUUUUUAUUUUCUUGCCAUCUUCCCAGUUAUUUCCCUUAAUUUCUUUUAUCAAGAACCAACAGUGUUGCAUUAAGGUAGUCUUCCUUUUAUCUACAGGCACCCCGCAAAAUAGUACUAAGCAUUGUUUUUUUAACUCUUGUAACGAAUUCGUAGCAUAACAUUCUUUGGAUACUUCUGAAUGUAUCACUAAUCCAGAUUCUGAAAUGAGAACUAGCCUGCCAAUAAGUAAAUGCUUUUUAGGUCUUUUAAGUCCAAAUGCAGUAAAAUGCAGUAAAAUAACAUAGUAUUUCAGCUUCAGUUCCUUUUACAUCUAUUCUAGUAUAUUUUUUUAUUUUCUUGCCAUCUUCCCAGUUAUUUCCCUUAAUUUCUUUUAUCAAGAACCAACAGUGUUGCAUUAAGGUAGUCUUCCUUUUAUCUACAGGCACCCCCCAAAAUAGUACUAAGCAUUGUUUUUUUAACUCUUGUAACGAAUUCGUAGCAUAACAUUCUUUGGAUACUUCUGAAUGUAUCACUAAUCCAGAUUCUGAAAUGAGAACUAGCCUGCCAAUA